GCAUGGUAUAUUGAAGGUAGUUAGUUUUUGUCUUGAGAAUAAGCACCUGUCAGGUUUGUUAAAAGUGUGGUAAAUUUUGUAUGGAUUUCCUAGGUGGUACUUUGCAGUGCAAAUCAUUGGUUAAGGUUUAGAACUGGGGUGACCUAGCACUGACAAGUGCGGGGGUGUUUUCCCGGAAAUUGAAAUACAAAUACAUAAUUACUAUGGAAUUUAUGGAAUCUCCAAUAACUGUUGUUGUUGUAUAUGGCCCAACGCCAAUCUUCCAGUCUCCCAGAGUCCCGGUCACACGUGAAGUGAAUGUGUAUUCGUGGCAAUCGUUUAUUAAAAUUCAAAAACAACGGUAUAUCACUGCAUAUAUAGAAAAGAAGUAUUUGCUCGUUCAUUUAAACGUUUUGUGAUACAUUUUAGUUGUCAUUUAAAGCCGAAAUAUGUUUAUAUUCAGCUUACUGCAGUGUUUUUGCGUAGCGACUUUGUCUACACAACUAACACAAGCACAGGUGAUUCACGUGGAAGUCGAAAAGAAUCACAAAAUUGUCGUUCGAAGCACGCCAUCGCUAGAUCCAGCUGAAGAAAUUUUAGAAGCAUUUGGCAAUGACAACAAAAUUAAUCUUACAGACAUGGAGGCUUUGUUUAGGAGUAUUCGUUUGGCUGUUUUGAAUGACAAAGAUUCACAGGGGAAAGGUGCAAGUGAUCCACAAGUGUGUUUUACAAGUCAACAUUUCUAUGGUAUGUACUCACGGAAUGAUGGUACCAUCAACAGGACAGACUUAUUGGAACUAUGUCCUGCUGUAUUGUACCAAUUGACUAAAAAACCGUGUCACGCUAAAGAGACAGAAGUUGUAGAAAAAGAGGAAGAUACUGGGAAAGAAAAUCCUACCAGAGCAUGGGGAUUCGGAUUUCUUUUUGUGACAAUUAUCAGUUUUGGCUCUUUAAUUGGAGCAUUUGUUGUCCCUAUGAUGGGCAAACCCUUUUAUAAAAAGACAUUGAUGUGUAUGGUGUCAUUGGCUGUUGGUGUUUUGGGUGGUAGUGGUAUCUUCCAUCUCAUACCAAGUGCGUUGGGCUUUCCUUUUGAUGACAAUGACAACAGUUAUCUGUGGAAAUGUGCCAUGAUAUUUGCUGGAUUAUACUUGUUUCUUAUCCUUGAGUGUUCAAUGAAACUUUUCAUCAGAUUUAAAGACAUAAGAAAGAUGAAGCAUGCUGCAUCAGAGAUUGAGACUGUACCCAGUGAUGAAAAGCCUGCUUUAAAUGAUAGUGAAUUGCAUUCCAUUGGUAUAAACAGUGGUCUAAAUGGGCAUGGACAUAGUCACCACAAUGGUGGGCCUAUAUUUCCUACUGUUGAGAUAAAAAGACAAUCCACUGUCCUAAUGAACGAAAGCAGCCAAACUGAGCUGGCCAAUGUUUCAACAGAGGAGAUAAAAAACUCUGGGAAAACUGAGAAACCAGCAAUAGCAACUGUUGCAUGGAUGAUAAUUAUUGGAGAUGGACUACAUAAUUUUAUUGAUGGACUCGCAAUUGGGGCAUCUUUUAGUGGUUCUGUUGUGAUUGGUAUUAGCACUUCCCUUGCUGUUAUUUGUGAAGAACUGCCGCAUGAAUUGGGUGAUUUUGCAAUUUUACUGAAAUCUGGUCUAAACUAUAAGCAAGCUAUGUUAGCAAACUUUUUAUCAGCUUGUCUUUGUUAUGUUGGCCUGGUGAUUGGUCUUGUAUUGGGAUAUGCUACUCAUGCUGUGAAAUAUAUUUAUGGUAUUGCAGGAGGCAUGUUUAUAUACAUCUCUUUAGUUGAUAUGUUGCCAGAAGCUCUCGAAAUGGCACAUGCAUUGAGUGGAAAUUCCAAAUCUAAGUCAAUCAAGAUGUUGUUAAUUGUAAAUUUUGCCAUAACUUUAGGAUUCUGUGUCAUGCUUAUUAUUGCCUUGUAUGGAACUUCAAUUGAGCUAUAGGCAAUUGUUGUUUGGCUAAUUUUUGCCAAUCAAACUGAUGAAAAACUAGGGGUGUACCCAACCCAUACAUAUUAGGCCGUCAUUACCGUCAGUUUGAUGGUAGAUGAAACUUGUUUUUUGGUGGAAUUUCGAACUUCUGUACUUGUGAUGAGGAAAGGUUGAAAAUAGUUUCAGCUUGAAAAUCAAAGGCCCUUCUUGAUAUACAUGUUUUAAAAUUCUACUGUCAGGCAUUCUGUGAUGCUAAUACUGUAGGUAUGUGUAUUGUUCUGUGUAAAUAUUUUAUACUGCACUAAGAUGUUUAUAAUUAUUAUAAUUUGUGCAGUUUUUCUACAUUCAAGGUGGAAAGUUUGUGGAUUUGAAAUGAUUUUGGUGUUACAGACUGGUCAAGUUAAAAUUCUAACAACUUUUUUAAUUCUGACAUUCAUAAAGUGUACUAAUAUUUGAAAUAAAUUUGAAUGGAGAUUAAACAU